AUGACUAUGACGAUUGUGAUUAUGAUUAUGAAGAACAUGAUUAUGAUUAUGAUCACUAUCAUUAUGAUCAUGAUUCUGAUGAUUGUGAUUAUGAUGAUCACGAUUACGAUGAUCGUGAUUAUGAUAAUGAUAAUUACGAUUACGAUGAUUGAUUAUGAUUGUGAUUAUGAUUACGGUUAUUACGACGACGAUGAUCAUGAUGAUCACGAUUACGAUUAUGAUUGUGAUGAUUAUGAUGAUUGUGAUUACGAUGAUUAUGGUUAUGAUGACUGUGAUGGUUAUGGUCAUGACGAUUAUGAAAAUGAUUACGAUUAUUAUGAUGAUGAUGAUUACGAUUACGAUCAUGAUCAUGAUGAUUACAAUUAUGAUUAUGAUCGCGAUCAUGAUUGCGCUUAUGACUAUGAUUAUGAUCAAGACUAUGACGAUUAUGAUUACGACGAUUAUGAUUAUGACGAUUGUGAAUAUAAUUGUGAUGAUCAUGAUUACGAUCAUGAUGAUCAUGAUAAUGAUUAUGAUGGUGAUCAUGACGAUGAUGAUGAUUGUGAUUACGAUUAUAAUUACGAUGAUUAUGAUUACGAUGACUACGAUUAUAGUUACGACCAUGAUGAUUAUGACUAUGAUGAUGAUGAUGACGACGACGGUUACGAUUAUGAUGACUAUGAUCACGAUGAUUGUGAUCGUGAUCACGAUUGUGAUAAUUAUGACGAUCAUGAUCAUGGCUAUGAUGAUUGUGACUACGACUGCGAUUACGAUGAUUAUGAUUAUGGCUAUGACCAUUACGAUUACGAUUAUGAUGAUUACGAUCAUGAUGAUCAUGAUCACGGUUGUGACGAUUAA